GUUUUAACCAGCCGCACGCAGCCUAUACCCCGCGUAAUUUGUGAAUCGAAGCGGGUCAACAUCACCCGCACUUGUCUUAAAAAAUACCAGAAAACCGCUUGAAAAAAAUUUCAAAAUUUUCAAAAACCUAAAAUGGCAACUACAGCUCAGCCUUCCCAAAGUUUGCCUCAAACGUCUCUGUAUGUUGGUGAUCUGCAUCCCCUUGCUACUGAGGCUUUACUUUAUUCUAAGUUUUCUGAAAUGGGCUCUGUCUUGAGCACUCGAGUGUGCCGUGAUUUAGCGUCAAGAAGCUCGCUUGGUUACGGUUAUGUUAAUUUCGAGGAACCUAAGGACGCUGAGCGCGCCUUGGAGAAUAUGAAUUAUGAGCCUUUCAUGGGGCGUCCCAUCCGAAUUAUGUGGUCACAGCGAGACCCAUCUUUACGGAAGUCGGGUCGUGGAAACAUAUUCAUUAAGAAUCUGGAUAAAUCAAUUGAGCAGAAGGAGCUAUACGACACCUUCGUGUACUUCGGCCGGAUUUUGUCUUGCAAAAUCGCAAUGGACGAGCACGGAAACUCGAAGGGCUAUGGGUUCGUUCAUUUCGAGAAAGAAGAGUGUGCUGAACGCGCAAUUGAAAAAAUUAACGGCAUGAUGAUUCGAGACCGCGUCGUUUAUGUCGGGAAGUUUAUACCAAGCUCUGAUAGAAAAACGAAUUCUGGGAAGCCAAGAUUUAACAAUAUCUACGUUAAAAAUUUCCCAUCAGACACUGACGACGAUAAACUGCGUGAAAUGUUCAGUGAGUUUGGGGAAAUUAAAAGUUGUUGCGUCGAAAAAGACGCGGAGGGGAAAUCCAAGGGUUUUGGAUUUGUUUGCUUCCAUGACCCUGAUCAUGCCGAAGAGGCCGUUAAAACCAUGCAUGGCAAGGAGAUCUGCGGACGCGCGUUGUACGCCAGCCGUGCCCAGAGAAAAGAAGAACGCCAAGAAGAGCUAAAACAACGCUUGGAAAAACAACGUGCCGAACGACAGUCGAAGUAUGUUUCAGGCGUCAAUUUGUACGUCAAAAACCUCGAUGAUACGGUGGACGAUGACCGUUUAAAGGAAGCUUUCUGUCAAUACGGUCCUAUAACAAGUGCUAAAGUCAUGACAGAUGCCAACGGUAGAUCAAAAGGUUUCGGCUUUGUUUGUUUCACUCAACCAGAACAAGCAGCACGAGCCGUAACCGAGAUGAACGCCGCUUUAAUCGGUUCCAAACCGCUGUAUGUUGCAUUGGCCCAACGCAAGGAGGACAGGCGUGCAAAGCUAAUUGCGGAACACCAGCAAAGGUUGGCACAGUUUCGUAGCUCGGUUACGCAGAUUUUGCCUCCUGCGGCGGCACACGCAGCUGCUCCGGGUUACUUCACUCAAACUGCGUUCCCUCAGCCCCAACGUUAUUACCAUCCUCCUGGCGCUGUUAUUAAUUCCCAGCCCCGCUGGAACCGCGCUGGAGUCAUGUCGGGGGGUAUCCCGGCGCAAUUAGGUGCUGGAAUGCCAGGUAGACCACCAAUCCCUGGACACUACCUCAAUUCACCGAAUACGGCGGCUGGUGUGGCAGCUAGUCAAAUGGCAGCAAUUGCACAGAUCCGCCCGCCACCGAAUGUUGGGCGCCCAAUGAUGGCCAGUGGUGUGCCUGCUAUGCAAGCUGGACCCCACAUGACAGGAUCUGGGAUGAUGAACCAUGCUGCCGGACAACGUCAGCCGACAGGUCGGCCAAAUGUUCCAAUGCAACAGGUUCUAAAUCCAACUGGCGGUCUACCCCAUCGUCCGUCCAUGGCUUCAGUGGUAGCAGCUACACCGAAUAGUAACCCGCCUGGCGUCCGUGUGAGUUUUUCGCAGCUAUCUUCUAUAGCCCCUUGUUAUCCAGUUAACUUGACUGUAAAGCAUUCUAAACCCUAUUCGCCGCGGCUUUACGCCUUGGUAUAAUGUGCGCUUCGUUUCAUUCUCCCCAGUGAACAUAACUUGUCUUGCUCGUUUCCACUAACGGUUAAGAUCCACUUGUUGACCAUUGCUUGGCUUUGUUUAGUGCUUCCCUCAUACCACCCUUUAUUUUCGCCCAUUCCUGGCAUGUAUUUGGCGGCUAUUCCUGCAAGCUAGGCGCAUUCUACUGAAGGGGUGCAUGUUUGGACAUCCGACUUAAAAUCCACGGCUCGUGCCUGCGUAGGCACAGGUAACUUGGCCUCCCAGGCCGCAUACAAUUAACCAUGUUCUCGGCACUUAUACAUCACGUCACCAGUGAACAUUUAGGGAAUCCGAAGUUUGUCUUGAAAAAGCCACAUUUUUAGAUGUGCUAGGUCGUUUCCAAACUCAUCAGCAGUGUUCACUUCAUCUGUCCUUGUAGACCUAGUGUCGACGACUACCAUAACCACCUAAUCUGGAAAGUCGUUGCUCAGUGACUUGCUCUGUCAUACAUUGCAGCAUUGUGAACUCACUUUGUGCGCUGGGUUGGUUUAUCACCCCAAUAGGUAACGGACUUUACUUCCUUUGCGUGAAAGCUGGCAGUGUGCUUCAUCUUGAAGUUGGUUUUACGUCUUCACCGCAGUUGGACUAGAGUGACUGACACGACUGUUCUCUCUUUCACUAGAUCUGACCUGAUGCAUUUUCUUUUAUUUGUUCACUGUUACUCCUUUGCAUAUUCCCUGUUUAGCUUGCGCCUUUUUUUCCGUUUUCGUUAUUUGAUUGAUAUCCCCUUAGUUACACUUAAACUGAAGCAGCCUUAAUGCACAUUUUUUCUUUCGUCAGUUCUGUCAUUCUACCGCUCUGUUCUGCUCAGUUUGCAUGUUUCUUAUCCUAUGUAUUCUGUCUGACAUCAGUGGUGUGCCUGCGUUUGAUGUCAUGUUGACAAGGAUUCUGUCAAAAAAUUGCCAUCUAGAUUCUACUGCCCCCCAUAUCCGUUUCAUGGACAGCUAACCGUUGCUGGGGGAGACAGGAUGCACGGUCCUCGUGAUCGUGCUAGGCUCAGAGUUGUUCCAUCUACUGUAGAGCGGGCUACGGUAAGCAUGGUACACGUGAUUCCUAAUUUAGAAUAUUGCAGUUGUGCAUGUUGAAGAAAUGUGGGGCGGCUGCGUCGAUGAAACCUGGCUCCCAUCCAUCUGCCUUCCGGUCUUAUUUCUUCGGGUUUACACUGUCAAUAAGGUGCGUGCAUGGAACUGUGGGUGGUGCAGCGGAAGCGUGCUGUGGCUGUCCGUUGACAACCUCUGACAGGCAACUCCGGAAUCUGUUGCCGCCAACUAUGAUAGCAGACAGCGGCUUGCAAGUUUUAUUUCCGUAAUUAAUCUCUCCUUUUCUGUCACUGUUUUUCAGCCCUCGUUUCUUCGUUGCUUCAUAUUCGUCGGACAUCUUUUCGAAGCCGAGAGCAUUGUCACUAGCUGGCCUAAGAAUAUAUCGAUGUGUUUAUCUCGAAUACGAUUCCACUAGGAUAUCCGCAUGUACCUUAUUUUUCUAACCGCUGUUCCUGAUUGUUAACUGACCAUCAAAAGUCUUUCGAUGCAUUUGACAAUAAUCCUUUUUUAAAUACAGUCCGUCCCUCCUCAGGUACCUCGGGGUGUUGUGCAGCCUGGUGUACCUACAUUGGUGACUACCACAAAUGUUCGCUUCAAUCAGACUGCACGAAAUGUGUCGGCACAACCAGUAUCGAACAACAUGUCAUCUGUCUUGGCUCCUUUGGGGGAUCAAGGUCCCCUCACAAUAAGCGCACUCGCUCAGCUCUCUGCAGAAGAUCAGAAACGUACUCUUGGUGAACGACUGUUUCCACUGGUUCAAGAAAUUUACCCGACUUUAGCUCAAAAACUUACUGGCAUGCUUCUUGGUGUCGAUAACGCUGAGGUCAUUCACCUGUUAGAAUCCAGGGAAUCUCUGCGCGCGAAGCUCGAGGAAGGCAUCAGCGUCUUAAAGAGCAGCCGCAACUUACCUCCGGAGCUGAUGGAUGAAACUGGUGUCUCUGCCUCCGAGGCAAUCGGCCUAAACGCCUCUCAGCCAGGUCAGAAUGGCGAUAGUGUGAACUCGAGUGGUCAAGGAGCGAAGCUAGAGCCAAAGGGACAAGGCCUGACCAACGACGGAGUAAAGACUGAGGCCUGAUGUCUCCCACUCAUAACUGUUUCGUCAUACUUGUUGGCCCUUGCUGCGAAAACUGCAUGUUUACUGCGUCGACAAAAUUACUCCUUUCUGUACGUUUGUUCGCACGAAUGCGUCGCUUUCAUUAUGUGCUGGGGUCAUUUUGUGACAGUUGUUGCCCGACGUUUGUUUUUCCUUGUUCUUUGUGCGACGCCGACCGAAUGAGCGUUUGUCGUUUCGUU